AUGUCGAUGUCUUGGCGGCCCGAGCAACAUAGAAGCGCGGCGAGCGGUGGUGCCGGAAGCGGAGAGACAGAUGACGCGAAACCGAACGACAUCGAGGCACCAAUCCGCGUGCGACGCGUGGACUUCGACAUUGACAGCGAGAACCACUACGUGAUCGUGGUUCACGGCACGUUCGACGCGCCGCCCGCCGACGGCGCGCCGAUGUGGUAUCAACCGCCGCCUGCCGGCGAGCAGAACUUCUGCCGGAAACUCAGCCGGCUGUUAGCGCCCGGCCCGAUCGGGCAGGACGCGGUCUGGCGCGACCUACCGUGCUCCGCGCUCCCGGGAAUUCCGUACCCGUUUCACUGGGACGGCUCGAACACGCACGCGGGGCGCGUAACGGCGGCGAUGAAGCUGCACAACCUGCUCGACCAGAUCGCGCAGCACGACCCGGCGGCGCGGAUCCACCUGGUGGCGCACUCGCACGGCGGCAACGUGCUGCUCAAGACGAUCGAGCUGUACAUGGCGAAGCUGGCGCGGCGCCCCAAGGCGGAGUGGCACCCGGCGGUGGCGCAGCGGUUCUGGACGGCGCACAGGCGGGGCUACGAGCUGAUCCGGAAGUGGCGGCGCCUGGAAUUGUCCGACUCGUGGUGGCGUUUUUUCCCCCUCCUCGUUGUGUACCGAGGGUUCAACGGGCAAAAGGUGAGCGGCGUGAAGGAAACCUACCCCUGGGCGCUCCACCAAUGGCUAGACACCCUCCUGGACCUCCCAGCAGUGCGGCAGCGCCGCUUCCUGUCCUUCCGCCAGGCCAAGUCCCCCGUGACCAACGCGCUGGGCUCGCUUGUGUUCCUGGGCACGCCGUUUUACAUCAAGAAGUGGCAGCGCCACGGCUUCGUGCGCAUGCUGCUCUCCGUGGGGGCGGGCGUGCUGCUCACGUAUCUCUUCAUUCUCGCCUACACGGCGCUCUGGGAGCUGCUCGUGCUGCUCAUGGCAGGCAGGCCGCAAGAGUUCUACGAGGAGUCGGGCCCUCACCUCGUCCUGCUGCUCAACUUCCUCAUCGCCACUGGCAUCAUGCUGCUCGUGCUUGUCAAGCAGAUCAUGGACGUGAGUGUAACGAGGUGUGAGUGUCACGAGGUGUGGGUGCAACACAGUGCUGUACAGCGGCAAUAUCUACCACAACCCUUCUCCUCUCACCCCGCCUUCUUUCUCUCCUCGCUUCUCAUCCCCCCCACUCCUCCCCCUACCCAUCUCCCAGGCAACGGGCAACACAGUGUGGUACAGCGGCAAUCUCUACCACUUUUGAGAAUUCUCAAAAGUGAUUUCAAUCUCUACCACAACCCCCUUCACCCUCCUUCGCCUCUCAUUCCCCCCCUUUUCCACCUGGCCCCUCCCCCCCUUCGGGCAACGGGCAACACAGUGCUAUACAGCGGCAUCAUCUACCACAACCCUUCUCUCUCUUGUGAUUCUCAUCCCACCUUUUCACUCUCCUCGCCCCUCCCCCCUCCCCCCCAGGCCACGGGCAACACAGUGCUGUACAGCGGUAAUCUCUACCACAACCCGGCCUUCGACUGGUCGCCUGCCAUGUCCGCCCUCGUCAUCCACGCCGGCAAGCUGGACGAGGCGAGCCUUGCUCUGUCCAUGGAGCCAAUCACGCGGGCCUACGUCUUCCCCCACCUGACAAAACUCCUGAAACAAACCCCCUGGGCGCCGCUACCCAAGGCCCCCACACGCUACGCCCCCCAGCGCGUGUGGUGGGCGUUCCUCUUCCACUGCUCCGUCGUGCUCGUGUGGGACGUCCUCUUCUUCCUCCCUGCUGCCGUCUUGUCGCUCCUCUCGCACCUGAUCGCCCCGCUGGUGACCGGGUGGAUUCAGCGGGCCGUGGUGGCCGUCAGCUUUGGGCUGUCUCCGGGGGAUCUGAGCUACGCGUACGUCUAUGUGGACGAGCAUCUGGAUAUGGAGCUGGCUACUCAGCAAGUGGACCACUGGAACGUGCAGAAACUCCUGGCAGAGGCGAAGACCAAGUCACUCAAGGGAGAGCUCAUGCCCGGCUAUGAGGACGACACUGUUGAGCAACCUGAUUGGCUGGAACCAUCCCCUGCUGCCCAUCGCCGUGACCGCACGCCCCGUUGUGACGGCAGCAGCACUGGCACUGCGCAGCAGCAGCAGCAGCCCGAGUGGCUCAAGCUACCCCCCGCUGCUGCUGUGCAAGCCCCCUCGUGCGAGGAGGGUAGCGACAGUGGAGAGAGUAGCGGGAACGAGGCGGGGUGUGGGGCGCCUCACAAAGUGCUGGCUGCUGCGCUGAGGAAGAACACCCACAGUGUGUUCCGAAAGAGAAGGGGAGCACGAGGACUGCUGCUGAGACGCACAGGCAAUACACGGAGAGGAGAGGGUGUCAAGGGGGGCCGGCUUGGGUCAGAAAGAGGGGUGGGAGAGGGGGAUGGGGAAGGGGAGAGUGGCAGUGCGGUUCCACGGUGCGAGCCUUCUGAGAUCACGCCCGCUGCUCCUUCUGGCGCUGCUCCCACUCCUGCUGGCGCCGGAACAAGCACAGCCAGGGAUGAUCCGCGUGAGAAACUCGCCUUUGAAUUCCUCUGGGACGACCGGGAGCUCGCCCACCUGGCAGAGCAGUCCCAAACGUUCCAGCGGCUCAAGUCCCAGCUCCCCACCAUGGGCCGCAACCCCCGGCUCAGCGACCGGGAGUUCGAGCGGCAGUUGCAGCAGCUGUGUGUGCUGAUUGAGGAGCGCGUGGGGGAGCUGACUGGCCGGUGUGACUUGAAUCACGGGGCGUAUUUCCGGGAUCCGAGGAUUUUGAGGGUGGUGGCGCAUUUUAUUGAGAAGCGGGAGCUUCCGGAGUGGUGUAAGGGUGUGGACGGGGAUAUAUGGCGGUGGAAUGAGCAUUUGAAUGAGGUGCACUCGCUGCAGCUGCUGCAGAUGUCGCAGGGCGGCCGGGGAGCGGGAGGAUUGGGAGGUAAUGGAGGGACGGAAGGCAGUGGGGAGUCUAUUUGUGCAGAGUGUAAAGGCGGUGCCUCUAUGCUGAAAUCGCUCUUUAGGAGUAUGCGGGGAGGGAGUCAGAGGGAAGGGGGCCAGAGGGAGGGCGGAGGGCACCACGGGUUUUUGAAUGGGCAUGCAGUGCAUUUUCCACACAUGCCUGAUUUCGCCAGUGGCGCCCGGAGCUUGCAUCUCCCACACAUGCCUGAUUUCGCUAGUGGGGCACGGAACUUGCAUCUCCCACACAUGCCUGAUUUUGCUAGUGGGGCAAAGGGCUUGGCUGAAGGGCUGUUAGGCUCGGGCAGCUUUGGGGGGCAUCACAAGGGCAAGGCAGUGGGCUUUGGUGCUCCUGCUACUGCUGCUGGUGGCACUGCUGCUGCUGCUGCUGCUGCUGUUGCUGCUGCUGAUGCUGCUGAUGCUGCUGCUGCUGCUGCUGCCGCUGCUGCUGCUUCUGCUGGUGGUGUUUCACAAACUCCUGACAGCCACAUCGAGGGGAUGCACAGCAAUGGGCAGCAGGCACGGCGGCUGAUGAUGCAGCGGUCUCGGUCGGCCUCCCAUGGAUGA